AUGGUCACUACCGAGCCACCAGUAGGCUACCACUAUCAACCAAACUACAGUAAUAAUAUGAUCCCACAACCCACCAAUACAUAUUUACCACCUAAAACAGGAUUCGGUUUACCAAACAGUUAUUUACCGCCUAACUCGUUCACCGGCAAUGGUAACUAUGACCACGGACAAAAUGACCACGAUAUUGAGGUAAGUGAAAUAAGUUAA